CCCUCCUCCCUUCCUUUCAUGGCCGGCCGCUCUCUUCCUCUGCCGCCCAUCCCACCCGAGCCCGCCGGCGGCGCCCCCUCCCCAAGCUCCUGCCGCUCCUUCCUCCUUGGCAAAUCAGGGGCGGGGCACGGCGGCUCCUCCGUCCCGGCUAGCCCCUCUCUCUCUAUCCGCCUCGAUUCGGCUGCUCCAUGUCGGAGCUGGAGUUCAAGGAGGUCAAGGGCCUGCGGGACCUUGGCUUCACCUUCUCCGACGCCGAGGUGGACGCCGAGCUCGUGUCCAUCAUGCCCGGCCUGCGCCGGAAGCGGUCCGAGGAGGAGAAUCGGGUCACCGCGUCUGCUCCGGCGGCGCUGUCCUCCUCCGCCCCGCCGGAGGAAGCCGCCGCGCCAGCCGCCCCGGUGCCGAGGAGUCCAUACCUCUUAGAGGCGUGGGAACGACGAGGAGGAAGCGGAGGUCAGGAGGGCGCUGCGGAACAUAACUUUAUCCAACCAACACAUUUUGUGCAGCAACAAGUCGGUAUAAAUCUGGUUGUCAAGUGACGCUACACGAUCAGAUGUCCAAUUUCUCAAUAACAAUAAGACCAUAAAUGUCAUUAACACUGCACACGGGCAAUAUUAAUAUCCGAAGUAGCACAUACGAGGGGGCUUACAUAGUUUUCAGAACAUAGUUUUCGAAUGCUUUGCCAGUUCACACAGCUUCCAAACCAUCAAACUGAUGUAAUAGGUUACAUGAGAA